AUGGCUUUUGCUUCCCAAAUCAUCAUCACCUUGGGCAUAAUCUAUGCGAUCCGACUAGGACACAAUUUGUUCAAGAAUGUUAGGAACGCCAACGCUAUCCGCCUUCCAGUGAAGAUUGUACCAGUCGAUCAAGGCAACGUCAUAUGGCUUCUAUCUUCUUCUUUCACUAGACGCUAUGCUCAGAAGAUGUUGCCGGAUAGUCUCUACAAAAGGCUGAAUCUCGCAAUCUUCGGCUGGGAGUUUCAAGAGGGGACAAGACCAUUUGAUGAGCUUGUUGGUCGUCAUGGGCACCAGAAAAGCCAGUCUUUCAUCAUGGCUGGCUUGGGCAAGCUUGAAUUCUGGACUACGGAUCCUCUUGCCAUUCAGGACAUACUCCAUCGCACGCAAGCAUUCGAAGUCCCGAAGUCGCUUGAAUUCGCUCUGGGUCAGUUUGGCCCCAACGUCAUGACCACAAAUGGUAGCCAAUGGGCCAGACAUCGCAGGAUAGUCACAAGCGUGAUUGAUGAGCGUAUCUCGAGGACGGUCUUCACCGAGUCAAUGCGUCAGGCUGGUGGACUGCUAGACGACCUGUUCCCGGCAGAUGCUGGCUCGAUAACUGCAGCAGAAACUACCAAGUUGUUCGACAUGCUUAAAAAGAUUACCAUUCACGUACUCAUGGCUGCUGGCAUGGGUAAGCAAGUUUCUUGGAACUGCGAGCCGGACGGCGAACUCGAGGCCGGCUACACGAUGAGUCCGACCGUUUCUCUUACUACCAUCGUGGCAAACAUCGUGGGUAUUGGGAUGCUCCCAACUGGACUCCUCAUUCAUUGGCCUACAUGGCUGCCAGGAGGCGGUAACAUGCGCCGCAUUGGAAAAGCCAAAUUCGAAGUCCAGAAACGAAACGAAACGAUGAUACAGGAACAACAGUACCAGCAAAGUCAGACCAAGUCGACAGAGCCCAACAUCAUCAGCAAACUGGUUCAAGCGUCUUUAGGCUCCGUGUCAAGCCAAGCUAUGACAAUAGAUGAGAUGGUGAGCAAUCUCUUCAUCUUCACUGCUGCCGGAUUCGAGACCACAGCAACCACCCUGGCUUUCGCGAUGGUUCUGCUAGCAAGAAACCCUUGUUGGCAGGAGUGGAUCCAUGAGGAGGUGGAUAGUUUGACGUCAAAUCAUUCUGAAAACGAUCGGGAUUAUGCCAUCAUCUUCCCAAAGGCAAUCCGUAUCCUGUCUUUUAUGCUUGAGGUCGUGAGACUGUAUCCUCCGGCUCCACACAUACAUCGAGAGAUCACAGCUUCGCAGACUGUCCAAACAACUGCAGGCCCGGUAGUCAUACCGGCAGGUACGAAAGUCUACAUCAAUUCGGUCGCCGCUCACCUGCUGCCCUCGUGGCGGGACGUCAACCAUUCCUCGGAUCCACCAUCUUUCCAAAAUAGUCCAGAGAUCCCUGAUGAGUUGACUUUUCGACCAAGCCGAUGGAUCAACCCCCCAGGCUCGGACAAUGUCCAAUUCCGGCCCCCCAAGGGCACUUUUGUGCCCUGGGCAAUUGGUCCCAGAGUUUGCCCUGGACAGAAGAUGGCCCAGAUUGAGUUCACUGCAGUCAUCUUGACUUUGCUUGCGAGGUGUAGGAUCGAAGCCGUCAGUCUACCCAAUGAAACGAACUCUGACAUGGAGACCCGAUUGGACGGGAGGCUUCACGAUAGCAUCUGGAAGACUGUAUUGGAGAUGAACAAUGCUUUUGCUCCUCGUCCUGGAUCUGGGCUCGGGAUGAGGUUGGUGAACCGCGGACAAGAAUCCGUUGUUUGA